AGUACCACGCCGGACAUGAUGACUCUGGACUCUGCCAGUUCGGACGGCAAAGUAAACUUCGACUGUUUAAACGCGACUUCAGUGAUUCGUAGGGGACUUGAGGAGGACGGAAGCCCGCCCCCUAACGAUAUCGCGCACCACAUGUUGAGAGACAUUUUGCAAGGUCGUAAGAAGGAUUUGAUGACACUGGAACAGGAACUGCGCGGUGUUAGUGUGAGUGGAAACUGUGGUGAGGCGAACUCGCCAGACAACAACAACAGCAUCAACAACAACAACAACGAACUGAAAAACGGAGGACUAGUGAGUGCGGGGGGUGGUGACACGAGUGACACGGAGACUGGCGGAGGUGGUGGCAAGUCGCUCACGGUCAACGGGGGGGACAUGAACAUGGACACGUCCGACAUGAACAGCGCGGAAGACGAGGCAGCUGCGGCCGCAGCGAUGGAAGAGGCUCUUAGCGAAGUGGGUGUCGUGUCGAAGCAGCAACAGGCCGAGCUCAUGGAGGACGCUCUCAACAGCAUGAACGGCGGCGGCGCCUCCGACUCGGAACCCUCCAUGGCGUCACCAGCGUCUGAGUCGUUGGCGAAUCCCAAGGACGACGUGGACGGCGAGAUGACUGGGGCCGCUGACUUGAACAAGGAACAGGAAUCGCCAUGCGCACCACCUGUAGCACAGAAGCCCGAGCAGCUGGAGCUGAAACGUGCGCGUGUAGAGAACAUAGUGUCGUCCAUGAGGUCGAGCCCGGCGCUGCCCGUGGUGAACGGUUGCAAGAAGCGAAAGCUGUACCAUCCGCAGCAGCACGAUAACAGUGCCGAACGCUACAACACUUCGGGCUAUGGGCUGGGGCUCGGGUUGGGACUACUGCUCGACGACGAUGACGAGAUGGAGCCCCCAGAGGUGCGACAGAAGCGCGUCGAGAAGAACGCGCUCAAGACCCAGCUGCGCACUAUGCAGGAACAGCUGGCGGAGAUGCAACAGAAGUACGUGCAGUUGUGUACGCGCAUGGAACAAGAAUCGGAUUGCCAGGACACGGAAGACGUUACCAGCGACCUAGAGCAGGAUGGCAACAGCAUGCCCAUACCGGAGAAACCCAUGUCUACGCCAGUCACGACACCUAUCAAAGAGGUCGUACCCUGUUCGCCCAUCACUAAUCAGUCGGGACUUUCUCCUGCGGUGACCAAGUUGGUGUCUGCCAAGUUGCACCCUCAUCAAAAUGCCCCACAUCCACCCCCUCAUCAACACCCCUUGCUGCCGACGCUGAAUGGCGGUUUAUCGCUCCUGCAACAACAUCAACAGCAACAGGUACAGGUACAACAGCAACAGCAGCAGCAACCACCACCCCCUCAUGGCCCACAGCACGAUUCCCACCCCCAGCCACAACUUCCACACCAUCACCAACAGCACCAUCACCACCACCACGCCAUCAGCAAUGCGGCAGCUAUGUACCUCGGCGUCAGCCACAAACUUUUCCUUGAGAACGAGGCCCGCCUCGCGAAGGAUGCAGCCGUCGCAGCGGCAGUGGCUGCAGAGCAACAACACCAACACCAGCAGCAGCAACAGCAACAACAGCAGCAACAACAGCAACAACAGCAGCAACAACAACAACAACAGCAGCAGCAACAGCAACAACCAAUACAACAGCAUCCGAACCAGGGCCAGCAACAGCAUGGCGGAGGUCAAAGCUGCCCGCCUCAGCUGCAGACUAACCACCCCCAACAGCCGCCCCCGCCAGGCCAGCAGCAGAUGCCAAAAAGCUCCUCCGUGUCAACGGACUUCUCGGAACGCUUCUCCUUAUUUCGGAACAAUGUGACCGCCAUGGCACCCGUCUCAGGCUCCGACCUGGAGGGCCUGGCGGACGUGCUUAAGACGGAAAUCACUGCGUCGCUCACAAACCUCAUCGACUCGAUCGUAGCGCGCUUCGUGCAGCAACGCCGCUUCCUAGGCAAACAGUCAGAGGUGGCGGCGGCGGCGGCAGCCGAGCAGCUCAACAAAGACCUCCUAAUGGCCUCACAGCUACUGGACCGGAAGUCGCCCCGUACAAAGGUCAUAGACCGAGGGAGUAUGACCGGAGGCAGUGCGGGUGUCAACACAGGUGGCCCCAGGAUAAACGGCAAUGCUUUUCCAACCCUCGGCAUGACACAUACAAACAACAAUCCCGAGAACAACAUCAACACCAUGAACCUGCCCCAUGUGAGACCAUCGCCAACUGCGGCAAUGUUUCAGCCUCCAAAGACCCCCGGAAACGUCAACUCUUCUGCAGCGGCGGCAGCGCUCUACUCCUCCAUGAGCGGCCUUGGGGGCCCUCACAUAAACCCGUUCUGCAUGUCAGAAGGGCGGGAGGGAAUGCCGGAGCAGAACGAAGCCCUGAGCCUCGUGGUGACACCCAAGAAGAAGCGCCAUAAGGUGACCGACACACGUAUCACGCCGCGCACUGUGAGCCGUAUCCUGGCGCAAGACGGCAUGACAGUGGCGCCCGCGGGUCCCAUGCAGGACGGGACCCCGACGAACAAAUACGGCAACCUUAUGGCCUCCACGAGCGGUGGCGGCGGCGCUGGAAGCGGAGCGGAACUACCCACGUCAGUGGCCAUCCCCAACCCCAGUCUCCACGAGUCGCAGGUAUUCUCACCCUACAGCCCGUUCUACAACGCGCACCACCAGCAACAGCAGCAGCAACAACAACAACAACAACAGCAGCAACAACAGCAACAACAACAACACCAACACCCGCUCAUGGCAUCCUCGAGUCCGCCCGGAGGCAUCGGGGUGGGAACUGCUGACCCACGAGACUCGCCACCCCUGCCACACCCACCCACACUCCUGCACCCCGCUCUGCUAGCGGCGGCGCAGCACGGGGGUUCCCCGGACUACGGCCACCUGCGCGCCAGCUCAGGUAUGGGUGGCGGAGCGGACAGCGUGGACCGCAACUCGGACUGCAACUCAGGAGAUGGGCCCUACGACGGCAUUCAACCAACAAUAUCCUUUAGCAAUACUGCACCCACACAGAUAACGAGUCACCACUCCUCAACCCUCACUCCGAUGCAUCUGCGGAAAGCCAAGCUGAUGUUCUUCUGGGUGCGCUACCCCAGUUCAGCCGUCCUCAAGAUGUACUUCCCCGACAUCAAGUUCAACAAGAACAAUACCGCUCAGCUAGUCAAGUGGUUCUCCAACUUUCGAGAGUUCUACUACAUCCAGAUGGAGAAGUACGCAAGGCAGGCGGUCAGCGAAGGCGUCAAGAACGCAGAAGACCUUCAUGUGAGCGGCGAUUCAGAGAUAUACAGGGUGCUCAACCUUCAUUACAACAGGAACAACCACAUAGAGGUUCCCUCCAAUUUCCGGUUCGUGGUGGAACAGACCCUCCGGGAGUUUUUCAAGGCAAUUCAAGGCGGCAAGGACUCGGAACAGUCGUGGAAGAAAUCCAUCUACAAGAUAAUCUCCCGUCUAGACGACCCUGUUCCAGAAUAUUUCAAGUCGCCCAACUUUCUGGAGCAACUGGAAUAGCUGCAGGACUAGUACGUGACUCCUGAAGAGCACUCCCACCCCUCACCCCGCCAUGCAGCAGUCAGUGUCCAUCCGGGUCUGCUGCUGCAUCAACGCGUCCUAACACGACAACACAAGAUUGCUUCCGUUCAGCUAUUCUUGCUUGUCUUUCCUAUUCUGUUGCGCUUUACACUCUGCUGUUUCUCUUCCGUUAUCCUUUACUCCUUCUUCUUCUUCUUCUUCUUCUUCUUCUUCUUCUUCUUGGCUCCUUGCCGCACGAUCUGUUCGUCUCUGUAACCAAUGGGAAGACAGUCCAGCAGAAGGGCUGAUACAUCUGUAAACUGUUUCGUUGAGGCAAUUCAAUGGUAGACUGCCCACAGUCGUAAAUACCAAAACUAUAUUAUCUUUUAUUGUAACAUAGUUCUCACUGUUGAUUACUGUGACCAAGUCCAAGACAACAAACACCAGAAGGUGACCGACUCCGGGACUGGACUGGUUAGCCUGGGGUGCGGUGGGGAGGUACCUCUUUGUAUAUAUUACGUGCCGAUCCUCAACCCCCAAGUCAGGGGCGGAGGGGACCCAUCUGGCCUGUCCCCUUGCCCCUGACCUUAAGGACCCGUCUCGGGUGUGCAUUGAGAAGAAGUGCCUUCUCAAACCUUCCAGUUAAUAUUGUCUAUCAAACUUGUGGGCAGUUCAUUGUGUAAAUAAUGUUUAUGUAAUUUUAAUUUAAAGCCAAGAGAGUUAAGGCUCGUCUUGUAAAAUGCACAUCUACUAUUUGAAUAAUAUGGUACAGAUAUAAAUGACCAAAGAACUCGCUGUAGUGAAGAGGUUGGAGUUUGUUAAAUCGUGUGCUAGUCGUUGACUAAAAGUGUCGAAAUAAUCCGUUGAUAGUUCACACUGAAUUCGUUUUACUAUGAUAAACAAAUGUAAAAAAAAUGGUAUUGUUAAUUAUUAUAUUAUUAUUUCUUGCCAGAAGGAACACAGUGUGCACAAACCUUUAGUUGUAGUUAUGAAUCACAUGAUCUCACGCCGUCACGAACCACCAUCACGCCAGCCAGACAGACAGACAGACAGACAGUCAGUCAGUCAGUCAGCAAGCUGAAGCAAUGGGGAUGAACAUUAAGUCAAGCUAGCUGCUGGUGUUGUACAAGGGAGCGCUGGGCAGAUUCUGAUCUGUACCUACUAUUUGUCGUGGUGAGUUUCCUAGUCAAAAAUAACCCAUUGUCUCUCUUAGGUUAAACUCAGUAUUUAUAUUCAGUGGUGAAAACGUAAAAAAAAAAUGCCUUCUGAUGUUGAACGACAAUGUAACUGAUUUUGUGAUAUAUAUACUUGAUUGAAUUUUACACUAAAGAAAUUUUGAUAAUUGCUUUUGAGUAAAAAGUAUAAAAAAGCUAAUGAAAAGAGAACAACUUUUUUCCCACAAAUGUAAAGUACUGUGUUACUGUGUGCAACGGAAACAGCCGCAGAAGAGAAGAGCACCCGAUGAGUGUGUAAGUGCGCGCCAACUCAAUACCAAUGUGAUGAUCAGUGGGGAAAAAAUGUGACACCCGCGAGUGAAGAGAGGACUUCAGAAUCAAAAAGUAAAUGCAAAUAGAACAUUUGGUCUCGCGAGGCAGACGGCUGGGUCAUGGUAGUGGACGCUCUAGCAAGCUGGUCAAAUACCCCCUCAACAUACUUUUACAACCAGUCACCACCCAUAGCAAUGAAGCAGUACGAAUACAGUUUACAGAUAUAAUUCAUCAGUUGAACAACCCGAUCCAGCAGCCAAUCACUUCUACAGUGGAGCACCUGUAGCUUACAUUGUCCUUGUUUCGUCUCUCGUCUGAACCCUCAGUACUUACAGAUACAUCCACGUGGCAGGCAGAUCCCACAGUUUACCAGCCGCUACUCUGCCAGCGUAUCGACUAAUAUACUAGAGAGAUAGGGAAAGUAUAUAAAUAAGUUAUAUAAAUAAAAAUAUCAGAUACUAGAUGUGGAGAUGGAUGUAACCUAAGAUGGUAACAAAGGAGGAGAUGAAGCAAAAACCAAAGUGUCCUUUAAGUUUCCGGACUGUUGAGUUCGCCAACUGUUUACCGUAAAGAAAAGGUGACUCAACAGUUUUGGUACCUAGUCAUCACUUAAAAAAAUCUCUUUGUCAGCUGCAAGCAGAAGGAUUCAAAUCUUGUCUCACACACACACACACCCAUACACACGCACACAUGCAUACGUACAUACGUACGUACAUACAUAGAUACAUAUACAUAUACAUACAUACACAAAUACAGCCGAGUCGUGGAUCGCAGUAUCGCUACUCCUUUGUUUCUUUGAAGCUACAUCACAUCAUCAUCGUUCUAACAAAUAUGAUCAUACAAUAUAAUGCAGAACAGUCGCGGCAGCGUCUCACAAACCGAACUACGCCCACCACUUCCGAAAACUGCUCGCGUCGCCCCGUGCGUCGACCGGGUAGCCCCCCCGCGUAGACACGAUGGCUUGGCGGGCCCCUUCCCUUCCCACGGCUCGCCCAUGCCCCACCAUACAUUGCUGUAUUGAAUGCUUUUGAAAACAAACAAACAAACGUUGCCAGUGCAUCCACUGGAUUUGAGUUUUGUUUAUUCUUUCAAUAGAUCUGACAUUGUUGACUCCUGCUAUGUGAUUGUUGCCCUGUAGAUUUUACCUUUCCCCAUGGUUGUUGUAGUUUUGACAGGGAGCAAACCCUUACAAAGGUGGUGGUGUGGUGAGGAAUGUUUUUCUGUUGGUUUUCACGUAGAUUUCACAUACGAUUCUUUUCCCAGCAUGCUUCAGUUGACUAAAAAUUGCAACGGUUCCUUUCUCUGUACGCUACUCAUUGGAACUUGUUUUAAACGCAAAUACAGUUUUGUUUCUGCACACGAGCCAUUUGGAUACUUCACUCAUCUGUUUUCAUAAGGGUGCUGUUAUUUUUGAAAACCUCUCUCUCUUUCUCUUUCUCUCUCCCUCCAUUAAAUGUAGCAAUACUUAGAUCAAAAGCAACAGAUUUGGCGUGUUCUUUCCUGCUUGCGUUACAAUGCAGUUUUCAUUUCAGAAGAAAAUACAGGUCUUGGAAAUGUUUAGGAUCCCUAUUCAAACCUCGUCACGAGAAGUACAAGCUUAGUUAAAGCACCUUCGCGCCUUAUCUUUAUGAUAAAAAAAAUUGAGCAAAAUGAAAUUGUGUGUAAUUUUUACCAAAAUCUGCCUUACAUUCUAUUUUCUUAAAGAAUACCUAGUGUGAUGAUUUGCUGUAGAAGAAAAACAGUUCUCACAUGUCUGGAAAACGUUUUUGGUCGUUGUUAUGUUUUUAUUACACUAGCAACUCACUACUAUAUUAUCACUGGCAACUGCCCCCAAGGGUUGCUUCCCACCAUUACCGUUUGUACGUUCGUUCGUUAUGCAUAACAGGCUGUUUCAGAAUCUUCUAGUCCAUUACACAAACAUAGUCAUUCUUUUGAGUGUGAGAUGUAGUAUAUGUAAACUGUUGGUAACCUUUGAGCGUUCUGGGAUACAUCCUUCAAGUUAUAAUUCAGUUGGUCACCGACUAUUCGCCCGUCACGUAUUUGUUUUCAAUAUCAGUUAAUUUCAAUUGUUAACGAUACGCCAUGCAUUGUUUAUAAGAAACAGAACUGGAGAUAUUGUACGUUUAUUAUGUGUGCCCUCUUUGAUAUUAAGUUGUAUCAAACUGUGCAUGUGACGUCAUCGUAUCCUGUCAAGUUCACUUUCUGGAGACUGUGAGUGAGAAUCCUGUGAAGUGUUCUCAAUUUUAAAAUAGCUAUUUGGACAAGGAACCACAUACAGUACAGCACACGCAAUAGACUGAAGGCAACUAAACAAAACUGAUAUUCAACAUACAUGCAAAAUAUUCCAGCUCUAGGCAUCCACUCAAUCAAACUCACACACAGGGCCAACUCGUCCGACCUAAAGUGCCUUCAAAAAUGUUAAUUUUUUUAGAAAGAAAAAAAAACAAAAGGGCCCUAAAUAGACCAUUCUCGCCCCACCAAAACAUUUUACAUCAUUUUCACUCCGGUCUCCUGUUUAUGUAAUAAUUUCGAAGGACCCGAACGCAAAUUCAAGUUAUUAAGAUUGUUAUGCUGAGAAAUACAAGAUAAUUCCGUUUACUGGUAUUAUUACAGAAGUAUUCGCAUAUUUAAUUUAUUGGUUCUUAUUUUAAACAUUGUAUUUACAGAGGUUUCAUGUGUCAUGCAUGUAAGAAACCAUAUAUCCAUGGUAUAGCAUUUACUCUAGUUUGUAGGAAUACAUGAUUAUAAUGAUAAGAACUACUCAAUGGUUUUUAUUUGACAUCAGAUUCCCCAAGUUCACUGUUCCAUGCAAAUACAAGUUAACUGUUAUCGUUGAGUUGUCAUGGUCAGGCGUUUUACGGAUUUCCUGUUGUCCCCAGCCCCUGUUACGUUAUGACACCGUAGCUAAACAGAAAUGCAACGAGCUGACCCGGAUAAGGUGAAGUUUAAGAUUUUUAACCGAGUCAAAUAGUUUUUCACUAGUCUUUGUCCACAUAAGGGAACAUUAAAAUUAAUUUUUUCUGAAAGAAAGAAAGGAAGGAAGGAAAAAAGAUAAGAAAUUGAAUUUACGGCAACCUUGUAUAAUGGUAUGUGUCCUUGUACAUAUGUAUUCAAACGACUGGUGCUGACUUUGUAUAAGUGAAAUGCAAGCUCUAUCGUAGUAUACAAAAAAAGAGUUCGUCCGAGACGAUUAUUAUUAAGUACAAAAUAUGAAAAGUUUUCUAAAAAAGCUCAACGUCUGAUUCAGACAAGUGUGCUGGAGUUGGAAGUUUCGUAGAUGUGUUCGUGGAUAUUCUUAUUUAUGAAAACUGUACCUAUGUUUAUACACAAUAUUUUACGGUAGUGGGGCUUCACCAAAAUAACGUUGCAGCAGUCCGUAAUCUUACCACCACGGACGUUCCAUUUCAUUAAGGGCGAUUACAUUCAGCUACGGGUCCUACCUGGCUAAAUAAAUCUAUAUUUGUACUAUUUAUAAAAAAUACGUUACUUCGGGUUGUUCAGAAUGUAUUCCAGUUUUCUGUUCCAACCCAGCACACCUGUAAAUAUAUAUAUAAAUUAAUAUUAAGUAUUCCUAAUUAUUCCAAAUAAAAUUACUCUGAAAGAAAUGUCAAUAAAUUUUUAAAAAAUAUAAAGCUCAUAAUGCGGAACAAACAAACACGUGUACCAACGCAACGUAAUCACAAAGUACGUACAAAUUUUCCUAUGCAUAGGUUCUCUAUACGAUUAAUGUUCUCAAUUCAGUCUGUGCUGCAUGUUACAUUCAGUCAAUCUCGUGUGUUAAAAAGAUUGACGCACAAAAUAAAAUUUUGCUUUCUUUCUGAACGGCGUGUCGUUGUCCAUACAUGUUGUUAUAGAAGUUUAAACUGUUCAGUGUAUUACUAGUUUUAAAAAGAAACAUCAAUUAAUUCCAUGUACUAAACGUUUUUAAAGAAAACUUUGUGUUCGUCUUCAACAUAACGUGGAGAGCUGUUGAAACGGAUGUGUUUUUGAUGAAUACAGUAAUAAAAGCUAUGCAUUUA